AUGACGGAACAUAAAAAGGAUUUACAAUUCAGUGAAAAUGGCAAAACAGUUUACUACAAAAGUUAUAAGCAGUUCUUCUAUAACGCAGAAAUGUCAUGCCCCUCGUGUCGCCAGAAUCCGGAACUGAUGCUUCCAAAUAUCAUUGCUUUGGAAACGAUAUCAAAUAUGCUUCAAACACCAGAAUGCGGGCACACUUGCCAGCAAUUAGUUGACGUUGGUUUAAUACUCAUGGGAGAGUAUCCGUUCAGGUAUUGCAAUUGA